UGACUACCAGUGCGUAGCUCUCGUCCGUCGACGCGGAGUGGGGAGGUUGCGCACCACCCGCCCAAGGCCUACACACACAGUCACUCACAGUAGGCAGACCUUGGCCAGGCACACACACACAUACACACACACACACAAUAAACAAGCCUCAAAAUGGCGUCGGUUAUAGGUUCGGAGGUGGAAAUUCAGGAGGUUGAAGUGGAAGCCAUACCUGUGGAAAUGCCUAUUGAAACUGUUGAAACAUCAGAUGAAGUGUCGGUCCAACCGAUGAUAGCAUUGCAACCUUUACCAGAAACGGCUGGAGAAGAAAUUGUGUUGCAAACUCGUGAGGAAGUUGUGGGAGAUCCAAACCUUGUGUACGCUGACACGAUUCCUGUUCCUGCUCCAGAAAUAGAGAUUUCAGCAGAAGAAGUUAUUCCAAUGAAAAAAGGAAAAGGUGGGAAAAGGAAAGGAAAGUCAAGAAACGUUGUCCAAACGAGCAAUCUUGGUGUCAGUGAUUUAGGACUUGGCGAUUCAUCGGUGAAAAAAUGGGAACAGAAACAGGUUCAGAUCAAGACACUGGAGGGUGAAUUUUCUGUGACUAUGUGGGCUUCGGAGGAUCAGUCAAAGUUAGAUGAGGAAUCUGUUGCUGGUGAUUCUGAUGCAGACUUCACGGAGUAUAUGACUGGGAAAAAGUUGCCCCCUGGUGGAAUUCCUGGCCUUGAUCUUAGUGACCCCAAACAGCUGGCAGAAUUUGCCAGUUGGGACAGGAUAAAGCCGAGGAAACCAACAGAUGAUGUACCAAGGACUGUGCCUUGUCCUCAUAAGGGCUGCAAUAAAAUGUUCAGAGACAACUCUGCGAUGAGAAAGCACCUUCACACACAUGGCCCUCGAGUCCACGUGUGUGCAGAAUGUGGCAAGGCAUUUGUGGAGAGCUCAAAAUUGAAGCGACAUCAGUUAGUCCACACAGGAGAAAAACCCUUUCAGUGCACUUUUGAAGGAUGUGGCAAGCGUUUCUCACUGGAUUUCAACUUACGAACACAUGUUCGCAUCCAUACGGGUGACAGACCUUAUGUGUGUCCAUUUGAUGGUUGCAAUAAAAAGUUUGCUCAGUCCACCAACUUGAAGUCACAUAUUCUUACCCAUGCAAAGGCAAAGGUAGACAGAUCAUCCAAAACAAUGUUGGUGUUCUCUGACCAAGGCUCUGUGGAUGGUGAUCAGUGCUUAUCAGAUGAUGGCUUGUUGGUCUUUGAUUCAAGAGGGCAGUCAGCGUAUCAGAUUCCAGGAACUCAAGCUGGUCAAGCAUUGGCAUACGUGACGAUCCCGCCGGAGUCUCCAGGCUGGGGCUGAUGGGCCCCUUGACACUAGCCAUACUCUCAGCUCGCACUUAAAUUUGUUCCUAGCAGGAGAAGCAACGAAUGGAUUCCGAUAUGGGUGAUAAAGCUGAUCGCCUGUUGCUGUCUUGCUGUGUACAUAUUUGUAUGUUCCAGUUCUCAUUCAUGUUUUAUGGGGUUUGACAACUGCAAAAUGCCCUCCCUGAGUUCAUGUUCGUGCUUGCACUUUCUCAAAAGUUUUUUGAUUUCUACAUCUGGAUUGACAUGUUGACAAACUCUUGCAAGGGCAUCAGAUAAUGUUGUUCUGUAGAUAGGGAAGGAAAGUUAUAUGAUCAUAUGACUGGACUUUUUUCCUGUGAAGAGAUCUUUUACAACAGAUAUUCUAUGAUUAGUUGUGUCAGUACUUGUGCUAUGCAUGGAUGUUCCCAAUAUGGUAUGGAAGGUUGGAUGCUGUACUGUGUGUGAUAUUGGAGGGAAAAUCGGAUGGAUGGGAAAAAGUCACUUCUUUUUAGUUUUGUCGGGUGUGUUCCUUGUGCUUAUUUUGUCUCCAUGAGAUUUGUGCAAUGAUCAAUUUCCUAAAGGAUGCUUAUCAUAUUGAGAAAAAA